AUGAAGGAGAAAUUGUUUGCUUUUCCAAAGCAGUCGUCCACUUCAUAUGUUUGGCUAUUUCCAGAACUUUCUGGCCCAUUUGAAGAGGCUACGGUCUGCAUGAGAUUCCACUCAGAUCUGACCUGGGGUUAUCCCUUAUUUUCAUUGUCCACAUGGAGCAAAUCUAACGAUUUUCUCCUCUAUUAUUCUCCAGAAAUGAAUACGUUUUCACUAUCAGUCAGUGAUAUUGACCAGUAUUAUAAAUUACAGGGCAAUAAUUUUAGAGAAUGGACAAGUAUCUGUGCAACGUGGAACUCUUCGGUCUGGGUGGUUUGGAUCGAUGGGAAGAAGCACAACAUCGAUAGGAAAACAAAUAUGAAGAUCAGCGCUGACCCUAUCAUUAUUAUUGGUCAGGAACAAGAUUCAUAUGGUGGAGGAUUUGAAACGUCUCAGUCCUUUGUGGGAGAAAUAGCAGAUAUUAAUAUGUGGGAUAAAGCUCUGACUGAUAACAAUAUUAUAGAUUAUUUUGCAGAUAAUGAAAUAAGUGGUAAUGUCAUUAACUGGAACGCUUUACGGUAUAAUCUUACUGGUAAUGUCAAUACACUUCUUUAUGUAGAUCCCUAUCCUUGUGAAAUUGUAUAAUGUAUAUAGAGUCUUCCCACCGCAAUAUGUUCAUAUGUUAUAGUGAUGCUGUUAAAGGGAAUGUGUAAGUAGUUUUUAGCCUUAUACAGGGGACAGGGUGUGUAAUGAUACCACUAAGACAAGUACUCAGGAGGUGGGGUCUUCUCUUUAGAUGUGCAGACCUUCCUUGAGUGACAGCUCUAACAUUCAAUUAGGGGAACAAGAAGAGGUCGAACAGAGAGGUGUGGACCAGGAGGCACUAAAUACAGGGGGCUCUAGGCACCUAAUGAAAAAUGCCCUCCUCCUGGGCUCUUUUCAUACCAGCAACUGGGACAUCAAGUGACAUUUUUCUUGGUCAUGCAGGUUACCCAAGUAAAACACAAGGUAUUAUUAGAUUUCACUCCCUGUACUCUGUUUCCUAAAUAGCU